AUGUAUCUAUUUCUGGCAACUGCCAACCAAAAUCGUACAACAUCUAAAGUUGUAGAUGUUCCCUUUUUCUAUGGACGUGAUGAUGAAGAUCCAUACGAAUGGUGUCGACUCUUUGAAGCUGCCUUUGCGGCUAAUGGAUGGCCAGAUAAUCGAAAAAUUGCUUUAGCCGCUGGAUUUCUUAAGGAAGCUGCCCGAGAUUGGUACGAAGAGGAUAGAGAAAAAGUUAUUAGCAAACUGUUCAGGUCCAAAGUAUAA